GUAGUUUCCACCAUUUUAGUGGAAAUCAUUUCCUCUCUUGCACGAAGCAAUAGAAAUCUGAGUAUACCGGCUUAUUGGUAAACGAAAAUUUAAUAUUUUGAAAGAUAUUUCAGUUUGUUAUUUCUGAGUAAUUGAUAAAUAACAGUUUCAAAUAUGAGUGGAAUAAUUCGAAACAAGUUGUUCAUCUCUGCUUUAAAUAAAAUCGCUACUUCUGCAACUCAAAUGUUAACCUCACAAGCACCACGCUCUAUGUGGUAUCUUUGUAAAUCACAUAAUCAGAAAGACUUUACAUUUGCAUCGAAUCAUAUGCUAAAACCGAUCAAAUUAUAUAGUGUUCAAAGCAAAAGCUCUGAGCAUACUAAAGCUGAAAAAGAACUAAUAGAAUUCCUCGCUGAAGAAAUUGUAGCAGAAAAAAAAGCACAAAAACUCAAGACCAUUCCAACUGAACUUGAUGGUUUUAAAGUUUCUUUAGAUGGUGCCAAUGUUACUCUUGAAAAAAAAUUAGAUAAGGAAACAAUAACCAUUACUUUUAACAUUAACCACACGGUCGACACAGAUACUGAUCCAGAAUUGGAUCCAACAGAUGACAAACCAGACAUUGGUGAAAUGAAAAGCAAACCUAACUUUAACAUCGACAUAGUACGAGGAAAUCGUACAUUAGGAUUCUCUUGUUCGUUUAAUAAUGAACUUGGAGCUUCUGGAGCUGAUGACAAUUACAAUGACUGUUUCGGCAUUGAUGAAGUUACUGUAUAUAAAGGAGUACACAAUGAACAAGUUUAUUCUGUUGCUGGAGAGGUUAUUGAUGGGUAUUUAUAUGAUCUCUUGAUGAAUUACUUAGAAGAAAAAGGAAUUUCUAAUGAGUUUGCAGAGAAACUGAUAGAACUCAGCACAUCUUAUGAACAUUCUGCAUACAUUAGUUUAUUAGAAGGGCUUGUAAAGUUCACUUCUGAGAAGUAAAAUUAAGAACUAAGUCAGAACGUUCAACAUCUUGACAGCUAUUAUUGAGCUGUUUUUUUUAAAAUAAUCAAUAAAACUCCAAACUUCGAAAAAAAUAUCUAGUAUUACCAUAACAAUUACAAUUAUUAUUGUAACAAAAUUAUUUUUUAAGAUUGUUCCAUUUUUUUAUAGGUUAAAACAUUGUAAAAAUUGUAGAGUGAUCAAUAAAACCGAUUAAAAAA